UAUGUAGUAUGUAAUAUAAACCGAUAAUGUUAUAUUGUUGUGUAUAGUUUUUGUCAACGUGUAUUAUCUUGCGAUAAAGUUCAACACCCUUCAUAAAUUACGAUUUUUGUGUGAUAAGAGGAUCAAUAUAUUCUUGAUAUACUUCAAUUUGAGAAAGCAAUUCAUGAUUGAAACCGAGCAAAGCCGGGGUAAAAUUGUAUAAACUUGUAUAAAAUUUUACGAAAAUACUACAUCCUUUUGCUAUUUAUCUCAUCAUGUCGUCGGUGCACAUUUUCAAUGUUGAAAUGACAUGCGAGGGUUGCUCUGGGGCAGUUGAAAGAGUUCUUAAUAGAUUAAAAGGUCAAGGAGUUGAGGACAUAUCAAUAAGUUUACCUGAGCAGAAAGUAUUGGUUACUUCUACACUAACUGCAGACCAACUUCUCGAAGUUAUCAAGAAAACUGGAAAGAAGACAGAAUAUGUUGGAAAACAGUAAUUUAAAAUUAGUCUCUUUACAUAAUAAACUAAGGCAGGUUAAAAAUGUGAUGUUAUUAUGUGUCAAUAUAUUAUUAUUAUUUUAAUGUUAUGUUGUAAAUAUUGCAUAGCUAAUCAUAUUUGCAGGAGUUUUGCAUUCUUAUCGGUUUUUAAUGAGUCAUGGAGAGUUACACAAUAAAGUUUUUUUAUGUUGUUAUAUUUAACAAUUAUUAUGUUUAGUUUAAGUGUAAAUGUAAAUUUUAUAAAAUUGAUGUCUCAAAGACUAUAUAACCAUAGUGUCUAUACAGUAUUUUCUACAUACAUAUAUAAAUAAUAUACAUUUUGUUCAAA